UAAUUGUUUGUCUUUGUCAUUUAAGGAUUGUUUUGUUUCAGGCCACACAGCCAGCUAGCCUGCCUCAUGCGCUGCACGAAAUGAUUUCUUUUUCAUGCACACCCCAACUGGGUUUCUGAAUCUUUCCCUUUUGUUUAUUUGCACAAAAUCUUGGAAUUCUCCUCUUGUUUUUCUCGUGUAAAUAUAUAUUUUUUAAAUGAUCAUCGAAUGUCAACAUUAUCAUCUUCACCACCAUCAUUGUUCUGUUGAAGCCUUCAUAAAAUUUUCGUGGGCGUUUUAUUGAUCAUGCCAGCAACUUGCUGUGGUUUGGCACCAAUGUUUUUUGGUCGCAAACCAUUAAAAUUUGUCAAGGCACUGAAAACCUCCCAGAAAUCUAAGGUAUCCAAGAAUCAAAAGGAAAUGAAAGGCUUGAGGAAGGAUAGUUCAGCUCAACCAGCAUGCAACUUCAUUUUGAUGAUGGAGCUCAGGAAAAAAAUUAUAACCUUUAGAGACAUCAUUGACCUACCACCUUGUACUACCUCUGUUUCCACGGAUGAGCUGAUGCUAGGGACAAUGAACGAUCUCCAUAAGUUCUACCCUGAAAGCAUACCCCACUUCCGUUGGUCAGAGUUGAAGGCAUUACCUUUUGAUCAGGUUCUGACCUACUUUUGCAAGGCAUUGCAAGACCUUGGAGAUGCUUCAAAAAUGAACGAUGAGUGGAUUGACAAAUAUAGAUAUGAUAUAUACGACAAUGAAAAAAGCAAAAACAAUGAAAAACUUGUUGAAAUUGCUGUGGCUACACUCAAUGGCUUGAUUAAGAUAGCAAGGGAGAAGUUUGACAUGAUGGAUGAAGAUGAAGAAAAGAAAGAUUUUAGUCCAGAGGCUAACACAUUUGGAAAGGUCUUGAAAGAUUCUUAUUCAGACAACUGCUCCUGCUGCCCUUCUCCAGUGACACCAACUUCGGUCCUUCCUGAGUUGAUUAAUGGUACUCCAAAAUCUCCUUAUUCUUCAUCUCUUCUGUUGUCCCUCAGGGUUCAAGCAGUGGGAAAACUGAACCCCAUUGAUGUGAAGCGACUCACAUUACACAUGCUUCCGAAUGUUGGAGUCCAAGUUCCCAGCGCUUUGAGUCCAAAGAAGAUUACGAUUGAGGAUCAAAAGGAAGAAGAUGAAAGAAGAAAUUCCACUUCACAAACUGAGACAUCAGAGGAUUUACUUUCCAUUUCAAACAAUGUACCGGGUGACACAAUUACUGAUCAUGGAAACAAUACAGAACCACCAAAGUUCUCACCAAAUGUAGCUCCAACACCACCAUCAUCACCAUCGGAGAAGCAACCUCCCGAGUUGUGGAAAGACAUGCAAGAAGCUGAAGAAAAAUUACCACCAACACCACCAGAAGUUGUAACGCCAGUCCUACCAUCACAGCCAGAAAAGUUGUCAACAGAUAUGGAGACAGACAUAGGACGUCUACAUCCACCACCAUCAGCAGAAGUUUUACCGUCACUCCCACCAUCAAAGCCAGCAAAGUUGUCAACAGAUAUGGAAAUAGACAAAAGACAACUUCCGCCGCCUCCGCCGCCACCACCACCAUUCUUUCAGCCAAAUGUAGUAGCAGGGCGACCACCAUUUCCCCCAACCCCUCUCCCAAUGUGGCAAGCAGGUGCAGAAGCUGCACAACCAACAUCAGUAGCAGCAGAACCACAGCCGCCCUCACCACUUUCAACGAUGACAAAUAAAGCAGCAACUGGAAUACCAAUUCCGCCGCCGCCGCCACCUCCAGCUCCAUUGCAGUCAAAUGUAGUGGCGACAGGAGCAUCCCUUCCACCACCACCUCCAGUUUCACUGCAGUCAAAGAUAGUAGCAACAAGAGCACAACUUCCACCACCACCACCACCUCUUCCUAAGGUAUCAGGAGCUGCAUCAGUAAUACCACCACCUCCACCGCCUAUGACGCUUUCAAAAGGAUCAGUACCAUUGCCACCACCACCACCACCCAUGUCACUGGCAAAUGGAGCUGUUCCACCACCUCCUCCACCUGGUGCACCAAAAUCCUUGCGCCCCAAGAAAGCAAAUACUAAAUUGAAGAGAUCAAGUCACAUAGGUAAUUUGUAUCGGGUUCUUAAGGGCAAAGUGGAAGGAUAUUCCGUGCAAGGUAAAUCACCUGACGGAAAAAAAAGUGGGGCUGGAAGAAGCACCUCUGGAAAACAAGGGAUGGCUGACGCAUUAGCAGAGAUGACAAAGAGAUCAGCUUACUUCCAACAAAUUGAAGAAGAUGUUCAGAAAUAUGCACAAGCAAUCACAACGCUCAGAACUGCCAUCAUCACAUUCAAUACAAAGGACAUGACUAAGCUGCUCGAGUUCCACAAACAUGUGGAAUCCAUUCUCGAGAACUUAACAGAUGAAACUCAGGUUCUAGCAAGGUUUGAAGGCUUCCCUACAAAAAAAUUGGAAGCAUUAAGGACAGCAUCAGCACUGUACUCGAAGCUAGAAUCAAUGAUUACUGAGCUACAAAACUGGAAGAUUGAACCUCCUUUGGGACAGCUUCUUGACAAGGUUGAACGCUACUUCAACAAGAUGAAAGAUGAAAUAGAUGCCCUGGAGCGAACUAAAGAUGAAGAGUCCAAGAAAUUUAAGAGCCACAAUAUCGAUUUUGACUUCCAAAUUUUUGUACGAAUCAAAGAAGCAAUGGUUGAUGUUUCCUCCAAUUGCAUGGAGUUGGCACUGAAGGAAAGAAAAGUAAAGUUAGCAGAGAACAAAGGGUCCAAAACCAAAGCUGAAGCACAAAAGAAAGUGUGCGCUAAAAUGCUAUGGAGGGCUUUCCAAUUCGCUUUCCGGGUUUAUACGUUUGCCGGAGGACAUGAUGAUCGUGCAGACAAGCUGACCCGAGAACUGGCUCGCGAAAUCGAGACUGAUCCCCAACACCAGUAAUCCUUAUAC